AGAGAAGAAUGUAGGGAGUAGGAAGGAAGUGUCUUUUCGCGUUUUUAUUCAACUCUCUUUUUCAACAUGGCGGGCGGCGAGUGUGCGAGACCUCAGGGCCAACCACAUUUAAUGAGACAAGACCUCGAUAAACUAGACAUCAAUAAGUUGACACCGUUUACUCCUGAAGUGAUCAGUAGGCAAGCAACUAUAAACAUAGGAACGAUUGGCCAUGUGGCUCAUGGGAAAUCAACUGUGGUGAAGGCGAUUUCUGGUGUACAGACUGUCAGAUUCAAGAAUGAACUGGAACGUAACAUCACCAUCAAGCUGGGUUAUGCUAAUGCUAAGAUAUACAAAUGUGACGAUGAAAAGUGCAUUCGUCCAGCAUGUUAUCGGUCGGCUGGCAGCAGCAAAGAGGAUGACUUUCCUUGCGACCGGCUUGGCUGCAAUGGCCGGUUUAGGUUGCUGAGGCAUGUCUCCUUUGUCGACUGUCCUGGCCACGACAUUUUGAUGGCUACCAUGUUGAACGGUGCAGCCGUCAUGGAUGCUGCCUUGCUUCUGAUUGCUGGCAACGAGUCGUGCCCGCAGCCGCAGACUUCGGAGCACUUAGCUGCCAUUGAGAUCAUGAAACUGAAGCAUAUCCUAAUUCUCCAAAAUAAGAUUGACCUUGUCAAGGAGUCGCAGGCCAAGGAGCAGUACCAGCAAAUCCUCAAAUUUGUGCAAGGGACUGUGGCAGAGGGUGCCCCCGUGGUUCCCAUUUCGGCCCAACUGAAGUACAACAUCGAAGUUAUCUGCGAGUACAUUGUCAAGAAGAUCCCCAUGCCGCUGAGGGAUUUUGUGUCUGAACCUCGUCUUAUUGGUAUGCUACUUCUCAUUUCUUUCUUGGCUAUGUGCUUAAAUAUUGGCCGGGGCAUGUUGGGUUUAUAUUCACUGUGUUUGUGGGCAUGCAGUUGCAGAGGCAACAUUCUCUGACUAUCGCUUUCUUGA